AUGUAUUCAAUUACAGCUCGUUUUAAUUAGAUCGUGUUCUUCACAUCAUGGACAUUAGUCGUUCUAUCAUUGCUGAAUUAGGGCACAGCAUAUUUUUUUAAGACUGGAAAGCCAACAGUAGAUCUAAAGAUCUUAAGUGCAGAUAAAUUUCAACAUUACAAGGCCACUUAUUAUAAUGGAGGUGCAACUGAUUGGGAUUAGGUGACAUUUAAAUUCUCCUUGGAGGCAGAUUUUGAGCCUGUGUACAAUUGGAAUUUAAAGUAAUUGUUUUUGUAUGUGAAUGUCCAUCAUGAGCAUUAAUAGAAAGGAUAUGAAUCAGAUUGUGUGAUAUAUGAUAAAAUCAUUUCUAGACCAGAUGACCCCAGCAGUUGGAGCACUUCAUCAAAGCUUGUUCUGAAAAAUUAAAGAGCAGAAUAUCCACUCAAAGAUAUUCAUAAAUAGCUGCGUAAUGCUACAGUGAAUUUUGAAGUCUGGAUAGAGGUGAUGCCAUACGUUGGUUACAUAAGGAGAGAGAAACUGGGUGAUUUCGAAUAUAAAAUGCCUUAAUAGUAUAAUUGAGAUGUGUAAUUUAUAUUUUUAACAAUCACA